UGUUUGGACGGCAUAGCCCCCCGUGUUUGUGCUGCAUGCUCCGUGCACGUGGAAGGAUUACGGCGUUAACAUCAUCAUCAUCAACGUCAUCAUCAUCAACAUCAUCAUUAAUUAUUGGUACUCUUGGUGGUAGUGGUGGUGGUAUAACCGGAGCAAAUAAUUAAGUCAGUGGGCUAUUAAGCCACGGCACGAAUUGCUAACGCUACGACUGCCUUUGUUGUUAUUGAAUGGGUCUAUUUAUUCAAUAUUUUUUUUAUUUGGGCAAAUCGCCGCUUUUAUUUGUGUAUUAAUACCAACGCCGUGCCUCACGAAACAUCUACUCAUCUGUCAACAGCUACGCCGCCGUCACCAGCGCAACCACAACAGAGAAUUUACUGAAGGAAAACCACGCGUGGUCACUUCAUCAAUAGUCCACACUACAACUAUCCACCAUCAUCAUCAUCAUCCACCUUAUUAAUCUUCAUCAGCACUCCGGCACCACAGCUACAACCUGCAACCACCAUCAGCACUGCAACCACAUCAGCACUGAGAUUCACACCGCCAGGAUCAACAUCAACCAUCAACCACCACAAUCCACCUACUCACUGCAUCACACCAUCGACUACCACUCGUCAACCACUCUACAUACCACCAACCACCCAUCCACUCUACACCACCAGCCACAAACACGUCACCACCACUCACCCACUCUACAUCACACCACCACCACCCACUCUACAUAACACCACCACUCAACCACUCUACACAACACCACCACUCAUCCACUCUACAUAACACCACCACUCACCCACUCUUCAUAACACCACCACUCACCCACCCACUCUACAUCACACCACCACCACCCACUCAUCCACUCUACAGAACACCACCAGCCACCACUCAUCCACAACACCACCCAGUCAGCUAGCCACCACCACCACCACCACCACCACCACCCACCACCACCACCCAUCACCACCCACCAACACCCACCACCACCCAGCCAGCCACCACCACCACCCACCACCCAUCACCACCAUCCAGCCAACCACCACCCACCACCACCACCCACCACCACCACCCAGCCAACCACCACCACCCAUCACCACCCAGCCAGCUACCACCACCCACUACCACCACCCACCACCACCACCCACCACCACCACCCAGCCAGCCACCACCUACCACCCACCCACCCACCACCACCCACCACCACCCAGCCAGCCACCACCACCACCCACCAGCCAUCACCAAAACCACCCAUCACCCACCACCACCCACCACCACCACCCAGCCAACCACCCACCACACCACCACCACACCACCCACCACCACCACGAGGCCUCCUCCCCCACGCCGCCACGCCGCAUGUAUGACCGGCGGACGCUUUGACUUCGACGAUGGUGGCGCGUUCUGCGGCGGCUGGGAGCAGGGCAAGGCGCACGGUCACGGCGUCUGCACGGGGCCCCAUGGCCAGGGUGAAUUCGCCGGCUCGUGGAGCCACGGCUUCGAGGUGGCAGGCGUCUACACGUGGCCCAGCGGCAACACGUACCGGGGCCAUUGGGCACAGGGCAAGCGGCACGGGCUCGGCGUGGAGGAGAAGGGCAGCCGAUGGGUGUACUCGGGCGAGUGGACGUACGGUGCAAAGGGGCGCUACGGGACGAGGCGUGCCAGAGCGGGUGGUGCCAGCUACGAGGGCACCUGGGGGAACGGGGCGCAAGACGGGUACGGUGUGGAGACCUACUCGGAUGGAGGCACCUACCAGGGCCAGUGGGUGAACGGGGAGCGCCACGGCUAUGGGCUGCGGCAGAGCGUGCCGUACGGCAUGGCGUCGGUGUACCGCGCGGCGCACCGCUCCUCCCUGCUCUCCAUCCGUAGCACCGGCGAGCAGAGCAACGGCACCGCCGAGCAACCCCAGCCCAACGCCGCGCCUGGAGCCCCCGGCUUGCUGACGACGCGCGCCGGCUUCGCCCUCGCGGGCCUCGCCGCGGGCGCCAACGCCAAGCCCGAGAAGGCGGCCAAGAAGCGCGGCCUGUUCCGCAGCGGCUCGCUGCUCAGCGGGCUGAAGCUGCGCAAGUCGGACUCCAAGGCGUCGCUCUCGAGCCAGCUGAGCAAGCGCAGCUCCUUCCGCAGCGAGGCCGGCGACAGCCUCGCCGAGUCGGAGAUGAGCUUCGGCGACGUCGGCCGGGACUCGCCCAUUGCCGGCACGACCGCGGCGACGGCGACCGGCGCCGGCGGCUCGUUGGCGGCGGCGGACGAGGAGGAGGCGGCGCGCCUGGACGACGCGUCGGCCACGGAGAGCUACGCAGGGGAGUGGCGCGGCGACCGCCGCUGCGGCUUCGGCGUGGCCGAGCGCUCCGACGGGCUGCGCUACGAGGGCGAGUGGCUGGACGACGAGCGCCACGGCUACGGGCGCACCACCGCGGCCGACGGGCGCACCGAGGAGGGAAAGUACAAGCAUGGCGCCCUGCCCACGGGCGCCGGGGCCCGCCGGCGGGCGCUCAUCCCGCUGCGCGCCGGCAAGGUGCGCGGCAAGGUGGAGCGAGCCGUCGAGGGCGCCAACCGGGCCGCCGCCAUCGCGCGCCAGAAGGCCGACAUCGCCGCGUCCAGGGCUGGGCACGCGCGGAGCAAGGCGGAAGCCGCCGACACGGCGGGCGAGGUGGCGCAGGAGGAGGGGCGGACGGCGCGCGGCAUCGCCAAGGAGCUCUCGCCGUCCUUCCACCAGCCCGGCCUCGAGUACCAGCGGCAGAAGUCGGCGCGCGAGGCCGCAGGCGAGGAGCACAAGUACCGCGGCUCCGAUGAGCCCAUCGACCGCUACAGCCCCGAGCUCUACCACGGCGGCGGCGACGGUGGCGGCGGGGGCGGCACGGCCCGCUCCACCCCGCGCUCCUCCAGCCCUCCACCGAGCCCCGGCGGUGGCGGCGGCGGCGGUGGCGGCGGCGGCGGGCUGCAGCUCCGCGGGGGGAACCCGGCGCCGUUCGUCACGCAGUCGAGCCCCGAGCUGCGGCACUGCGGCGCCGCGGCCGUGCCGCCGGCAGCGGUGACGGCAGGCGCCGCGGGCGACGGCCAACGCGGCCGUGGAGCGGCGAGGAACAACGGGGAGACGGGAGUCGGCGCCGAUCGGGCGGACCGCCGCGGCGCCGCGGAUGCGCCGGCGGACGAGCGGAAGCGGCGCGCCGGCGGUGACAUCGGCGUAGAGGUCACGCCGCCGCCGCCGGGCGACGGCGUGACCUCUACAGCGGCGGGGGUCGCGACCCCUAACCCGGCGAGCGGGAGCCGCCACUCGAGCAGCUACGAGCUGCAGAUGCGGCCGCUGGAGCCGGUGGCGGGGGGGGCGGCGGCGGCGGCCACGGGGGCGACCGCGGCGCGGAGGACCGAGAGGGACGGGAACUAUCCAGCAGCGGAGGAGGAGGAGGAGGAAGGUGGCGAGCAGCCGCAGAGGCAGUAUCAGCAGCAGGAGCAGCAGCAGCACGAGUCGGCGGACUACAUCUCGUACUACCACGACUACCCGGUGAACACGCGCGUGUCCAUCAUCAGCGACGGCGCCUUCGACUUCGUGCCCGCGACGCCGACGCUGUCGCCGGCCGAGAAGGCGUUCUUCGAUCGCGGCGACGUGCCGAAGGAGGAGGAGGAGGAGGAGGAGAGGGAGGAGGAGGACGAGGAGGUGGAGCUGCUGCUGCUGCGGCAGACGGAGGACGCGACGGUGGCAGCGGAGGUUCAGACGAGGGAGAAGAAGAAGAAGAAGAAGAAAGAGGUGGAGGAGGAGGAGGAGCGUGACACUGAAGCCGGUUUUGACGACGGACGAGUGCCCGGAGGAAAGAAGCGCGUGGCGUCAGGAGAGCAUGGGGCGGAGGCGGAGGAGGAGGCGGAGGAGGAGGAUUGGGAAGUCCUGGAAGAGGAGGAGGGGGAGGAGGAAGGAGAGGAGGAGAAGGAGGACGUCGGGCGACUGAGACGGGAGCGCCGGGGGCAGACGAGUGGCGACGGAGGGGACGCGGCGGGGGGCAUCACAUCGGAGCGGGAGUUUGACGAUGAGCCGCAGUUCCGGUUCACGUUCCCGGAACCGGCACGUCCGGCCCAUUCGGGGCCUUCGCGGCGCAGAGCCGAGGAGUCCCCCGAGGCGUCGCGCCGGCCGCCCGCUCGGCAAGACCCGGAGCCGGAGUCGCCGCCGGCACGAUCGCGGGAAUCGAAACCGCGGCCGGAGUCGCCGGCGGCGAGGCCCCGCGGGGCGUCGCCGCGUGACCACGCCGCGGAGGAGGAGAAGGAGGAGGAGGAGGAGACGGAGCGGGAGGAGGCCAAGGAGGGGCCCCAGCGGAGUAAGAGGCCGCCGGUGUCCAAGGCGGCGAAACCGAAAGUGGAGGUCAUCGAGGAGGUCAUCCGCGUGCGAGACAGAACACCGGAGCAGAAGGCCGUCCUGACGUCCAUGCUGGUGCUACUUUUCAUCGGCCUCUCCGUUCUCUUCGCUCACGUCUUCAGCUGAAGAGCGAGAGGCCACGGGAGAUGGCACGGCAGGGGAGGAGGAGGGAGGGUGGGGGGGGGGGGUGAUCCGACGCACGGAAGGGGGGCGAGAAGAUUUUGUUGUUGUUGUCGUCGUCGUCACGAGCUGCCGUUGCUUUGAAGAUGAAACGAAGGAGUUGAAAACGCCACGACCAUCGGUCUGAGAGGGGUGGCGGUGGGGGCUGGAAGUGGCGGGUGACGGCCAAUUGGGGUCACUCGCCGCCAGAGACUCCGCACCGAAGUUAACAAAAUCAGAACUCUUCCAUUUCGCACCAACGACGGUGGGGGGGGGGGGGGCGCCUUUUUGACGAUGGCGCCGCGCGACCUUCGACCCCCGCGCCGUUGCCCGGCCCGGCAUGCGGAACGCGAGCCCGACGAGACCGCGCGGGUCUCGCGGACGGACAAGCAGACGGACAGACGGACGGGGAGAUGAACAGACAGACGGACAGACGGACGGGGAGAUGAACAGACAGACGGACAGACGGACGGGGAGAUGAACAGAUAGACGGACAGACGGACGGGGAGAUGAACAGACGGAUGGACGGACACGGGCGCGCGCAGGCGGUCGCGUCACGCGCGCAGCUGUGCGCCGUAAACGUUGCGCACCCAUUGGGCGAACGUUGCAGCGUCGCGCAGACGGACGGACGGACAAGCAGGUGGACGGGCAGAGAGAUGAGAGGAGCGGACGAAUGGGCAGACGAGACACAGGCGAAGCAGUUGAGCGGACAGACGAGCGGGGGAUAUUCGUGAUGAAGGGGUUGGUUUUUUUGGGGGGGUUUAGACAAGCAGGCGGACAGAUAAGCAAGCGAGCAGACACGCAGACAGACACGUAGACAGACACGCAGACAGACACGCAGACAGACAGACACAAGCAUGUUGCAGUAUUUCGCUUCGCCGAAGGCUGAGCUUGUAAUUGUUCUGUGACACAACAAAAUAUAUGAUGAACCUGAAUGCCUGAUUUUUUUUAUUAUUU